AUAUCUCUAGUCGACUGCGCAUACUUGAAACAACUUAGACCUGUAGCACAACAUGGCCCCCACUACACGCCUUUGGAUGUCCUGUUGGUUUUUGGUUUCUACCCUUGUCGUAUUCUGGGAUGCUGGAUAUUGCCUCUUGCGCCCGCGAUCAAUGGAGGGAGGAGACCUGAACUGGAUCUGGACACCAUAUAACCUGUAUGCCAAGGUCGACUACAUCUACGGCGUGCCAGCAUUCGAAAAUAACGAGGGCUUCACCAGCGCUCAAGCCUUGCUCAACCUCGUGGAGAACUUCAUUAACCUCACAUAUCUCUACUCGGCACAUAUUGCGAAGUCUCCGGUUGCACCUGUCAUCGGGUUCACAGGCGUGGUGAUGACGUUUUCAAAGACGGUGCUGUACUGGGCUCAGGAGUAUUACUGCGGAUAUUGCAAAAUUGGUCACAACACUAUUUCCGAUAUCACUACCCUGUGGGUUAUUCCCAAUGGCAUUUGGUUACUCGUACCCGGCAUCAUCAUCUGCGUUCUAGGCAAUGAUAUUGCCACAUCGUUACGGACACAAAAGACUAUCGAGGAUGUUCGCAAGAUCGACUAAGGAGGUGACGCGGGAACGCGCAUAUAAUGAGUUAUUUGACACUAAUGCCGUCGCUCGUUUAACAGCUAAUCGAUGUUUCGUUCAAUCUAUUUAUCGAGUCUUUC